AUGGAAACAAAUUUCUUCUCUUUUUUUAAAAUUUUUCUUCAUCUUUCUUUUAAUUCUUUUAACUUUUCUUUUUGGAUUAUUCGCCUUAUCACCUUAUCUUUUCUUUGUUUUUUCAUUCAGUACUACAUCUUCAUUUUCAUUCAUUACUCACAUCACUUUUUUUUUUAUUUUUUUCAUUCAGUACUCCAUUUUCAUUCAUUACUCACAUCAUCUUUUUCUUUUAUUUUUUUCAUUCAGUACUCACAUCUUCAUUUUCAUUCAGUACUCACAUCAUCUUUUUUUCUUUUUUUUUUCAUUCAGUACUCCAUUUUCAUUCAUUACUCACAUCAUCUUUUUUUUUAUUUUUUUCAUUCAGUACUCACAUCUUCAUUUUCAUUCAUUACUCACAUCAUCUUUUCUUUAUUUUUUUUCAUUCAGUUCCAUUUUCAUUCAUUACUCACAUCAUCUUUUCUUUAUUUUUUUUCAUUCAGUACUCCAUUUUCAUUCAUUUACACAUCAUCUUUUUUUCUUUAUUUUUUUCAUUCAGUACUCACAUCUUCAUUUUCAUUCAUUACUCACAUCAUCUUUUCUUUAUUUUUUUCAUUCAGUACUCACAUCUUCAUUUUCAUUCAUUACUCACAUCAUCUUUUCUUUAUUUUUUUCAUUCAGUACUCACAUCUUCAUUUUCAUUCAUUACUCACAUCAUCUUUUCUUUAUUUUUUUCAUUCAGUACUCACAUCUUCAUUUUCAUUCAGUACUCACAUCUUCAUUUUCAUUCAUUACUCACAUCAUCUUUUCUUUAUUUUUUUCAUUCAGUACUCACAUCUUCAUUUUCAUUCAUUACUCACAUCAUCUUUUCUUUAUUUUUUUCAUUCAGUACUCACAUCUUCAUUUUCAUUCAUUACUCACAUCAUCUUUUCUUUAUUUUUUUCAUUCAGUACUCACAUCAUCUUUUCUUUAUUUUUUUCAUUCAGUACUCCAUUUUCAUUCAUUACUCACAUCAUCUUUUCUUUAUUUUUUUCAUUCAGUACUCACAUCUUCAUUUUCAUUCAGUACUCACAUCAUCUUUUCUUUAUUUUUUUCAUUCAGUACUCACAUCUUCAUUUUCAUUCAGUACUCACAUCAUCUUUUCUUUAUUUUUUUCAUUCAGUACUCACAUCUUCAUUUUCAUUCAGUACUCACAUCAUCUUUAUUUUUUUCAUUCAGUACUCACAUCUUCAUUUUCAUUCAUUACUCACAUCAUCUUUUCUUUAUUUUUUUCAUUCAGUACUCACAUCUUCAUUUUCAUUCAUUACUCACAUCAUCUUUUCUUUAUUUUUUUCAUUCAGUACUCCAUUUUCAUUCAUUACUCACAUCAUUUUUCUUUAUUUUUUCAUUCAGUACUCCAUUUUCAUUCAUUACUCACAUCAUCUUUUUUUUUAUUUUUUCAUUCAGUACUCCAUUUUCAUUCAUUACUCACAUCAUCUUUUCUUUAUUUUUUCAUUCAGUACUCACAUCUUCAUUUUCAUUCAUUACUCACAUCAUCUUUUCUUUUUAUUUUUUUUUUCAUUCAGUACUCACAUCUUCAUUUUCAUUCAUUACUCACAUCAUCUUUUCUUUAUUUUUUUCAUUCAGUACUCACAUCUUCAUUUUCAUUCAGUACUCACAUCUUCAUUUUCAUUCAUUACUCACAUCAUCUUUUUUUUUUAUUUUUUUCAUUCAGUACUCACAUCUUCAUUUUCAUUCAUUACUCACAUCAUCUUUUCUUUUAUUUUUUCAUUCAGUACUCACAUCUUCAUUUUCAUUCAUUACUCACAUCAUCUUUUCUUUUUUUUUUUCAUUCAGUUUUUCACAUCAUCUUUUCUUUAUUUUUUCAUUCAGUACUCCAUUUUCAUUCAUUACUCACAUCAUCUUUUCUUUAUUUUUUCAUUCAGUACUACAUCUUCAUUUUCAUUCAGUACUCACAUCAUCUUUUCUUUAUUUUUUCAUUCAGUACAUUUUCACAUCUUCAUUUUCAUUCAGUACUCACAUCAUCUUUUUUUUAUUUUUUUCAUUCAGUACUCACAUCUUCAUUUUCAUUCAGUACUCACAUCAUCUUUUAUUUUUUCAUUCAGUACUCACAUCUUCAUUUUCAUUCAUUACUCACAUCAUCUUUUCUUUAUUUUUUUCAUUCAGUACUCACAUCUUCAUUUUCAUUCAGUACUCACAUCAUCUUUUCUUUAUUUUUUUCAUUCAGUACUCACAUCUUCAUUUUUAUUCAGUACUCACAUCUUCAUUUUCAUUCAUUACUCACAUCAUCUUUUCUUUUUAUUUUUUUCAUUCAGUACUCCAUUUUCAUUCAUUACUCACAUCAUCUUUUUUUUUUUUUUUUUUUCAUUCAGUACUCCAUUUUCAUUCAUUACUCACAUCAUUUUUUUUUUUUUUUUUUUCAUUCAGUACUCCAUUUUCAUUCAUUACUCACAUCAUCUUUUCUUUUAUUUUUUUUUUCAUUCAGUACUCACAUCUUCAUUUUCAUUCAUUACUCACAUCAUCUUUUCUUUAUUUUUUCAUUCAGUACUCACAUCUUCAUUUUCAUUCAUUACUCACAUCAUCUUUUUUUUUUAUUUUUUCAUUCAGUACUCACAUCUUCAUUUUCAUUCAUUACUCACAUCAUCUUUUCUUUAUUUUUUUUCAUUCAGUACUCACAUCUUCAUUUUCAUUCAUUACUCACAUCAUCUUUUCUUUUUUUUUUCAUUCAGUACACAUCUUCAUUUUCAUUCAUUACUCACAUCAUCUUUUCUUUUUAUUUUUUUUCAUUCAGUACUCCAUUUUCAUUCAUUACUCACAUCAUCUUUUCUUUUUUUUUUUUUUCAUUCAGUACUCACAUCUUCAUUUUCAUUCAUUACUCACAUCAUCUUUUCUUUAUUUUUUUCAUUCAGUACUCCAUUUUCAUUCAUUACUCACAUCAUCUUUUCUUUAUUUUUUUCAUUCAGUACUCCAUUUUCAUUCAUUACUCACAUCAUCUUUUCUUUAUUUUUUUCAUUCAGUACUCCAUUUUCAUUCAUUACUCAUCAUCAUCUUUUCUUUAUUUUUUCAUUCAGUACUCCAUUUUCAUUCAUUACUCACAUCAUCUUUUCUUUUUUUUUUUCAUUCAGUACUCACAUCUUCAUUCAUUACUCAUCAUCUUUUUUUUUAUUUUUUUCAUUCAGUACUCACAUCUUCAUUUUCAUUCAUUACUCACAUCAUCUUUUCUUUUUAUUUUUUUCAUUCAGUAUCAUUCAUCUUCAUUUUCAUUCAGUACUCACAUCAUCUUUUCUUUAUUUUUUCAUUCAGUACUCACAUCUUUUCAUUUUCAUUCAGUACUCACAUCUUCAUUUUCAUUCAUUACUCACAUCAUCUUUUCUUUUUAUUUUUUCAUUCAGUACUCCAUUUUCAUUCAUUACUCACAUCAUCUUUUCUUUUUUUUUUUCAUUCAGUACUCCAUUUUCAUUCAUUACUCACAUCAUCUUUUCUUUAUUUUUUCAUUCAGUACUCCAUUUUCAUCCAUUACUCACAUCAUCUUUUCUUUAUUUUUUCAUUCAGUACUCCAUUUUCAUUCAUUACUCACAUCAUCUUUUCUUUAUUUUUUUCAUUCAGUACUCCAUUUUCAUUCAUUACUCACAUCAUCUUUUCUUUAUUUUUUUCAUUCAGUACUCCAUUUUCAUUCAUUACUCACAUCAUCUUUUCUUUAUUUUUUUCAUUCAGUACUCACAUCUUCAUUUUCAUUCAUUACUCACAUCAUCUUUUCUUUAUUUUUUUCAUUCAGUACUCACAUCUUCAUUUUCAUUCAUUACUCACAUCAUCUUUUCUUUUUAUUUUUUCAUUCAGUACUCAUCUUCAUUUUCAUUCAUUACUCACAUCAUCUUUUCUUUUUUUUUUUCAUUCAGUACUCACAUCUUCAUUUUCAUUCAUUACUCACAUCAUCUUUUUCUUUAUUUUUUUUCAUUCAGUACUCCAUUUUCAUUCAUUACUCACAUCAUCUUUUCUUUAUUUUUUUCAUUCAGUACUCACAUCUUCAUUUUCAUUCAUUACUCACAUCAUCUUUUCUUUAUUUUUUUCAUUCAGUACUCCAUUUUCAUUCAUUACUCACAUCAUCUUUUCUUUAUUUUUUUCAUUCAGUACUCCAUUUUCAUUCAUUACUCACAUCAUCUUUUUCUUUUAUUUUUUUCAUUCAGUACUCACAUCUUCAUUCAUUACUCACAUCAUCUUUUUCUUUAUUUUUUCAUUCAGUACUCACAUCUUCAUUUUCAUUCAUUACUCACAUCAUCUUUUUUUUUUUUUUUUUCAUUCAGUACUCAUCUUCAUUUUCAUUCAUUACUCACAUCAUCUUUUCUUUAUUUUUUUUUUCAUUCAGUACUACAUCUUCAUUUUCAUUCAGUACUCACAUCAUCUUUUCUUUAUUUUUUCAUUCUGUACUCACAUCUUCAUUUUCAUUCAGUACUCACAUCAUCUUUUCUUUAUUUUUUUCAUUCAGUACUCCAUUUUCAUUCAUUACUCACAUCAUCUUUUCUUUAUAUUUUCAUUCAGUACUCACAUCUUCAUUUUCAUUCAGUACUCACAUCAUCUUUUCUUUAUUUUUUCAUUCAGUACUCACAUCUUCAUUUUCAUUCGGUACAUUUUCUUUUUCAUUCAUUACUCACAUCAUCUUUUUUUUUUUUUUCAUUCAGUACUCACAUCUUCAUUUUCAUUCAUUACUCACAUCAUCUUUCUUUAUUUUUUUCAUUCAGUACUCACAUCUUCAUUUUCAUUCAUUACUCAUCAUCAUCUUUUGAUUUUAUUUUUUCAUUCAGUACUCACAUCUUCAUUUUCAUUCAGUACUCACAUCAUCUUUUCUUUAUUUUUUCUCAUUCAGUACUCACAUCUUCAUUUUCAUUCAUUACUCUCAUCAUCUUUUCUUUAUUUUUUUCAUUCAGUACUCACCUCAUCUUUUCUUUAUUCUUUUCAUUCAGUACUCACUUCUUUAUUUUCAUUCAUUACUCACGUCUUCAUGUUAAGUUUCUUCUUCAUUUUAUUUUUGUUUUUACCUCUUCUUGUUCAUACUCAUUCCAUUUUAUAACCUUCACUCUUCUUCAUGUCAUCUACUGUUUCUUCUUCUCUUUUUCCUUUUUAUAUUUUCCUACAUUUCUUUCUCCUUCUUUAUUUUUCAUUACAUUUCUCUUUCUCCCAUUUGCCACUUCUUUUUAUUUUCCUUCUUCAAUCUGA